CGAUCGGCGGCUUGGCGUCCAUAUUGAACUGUGUAUUUAAGGACUGAUCAAAAUAGUGCGUUCUUCUUUGUUUUUCACGUAUCUAGAUGUCGUUAUAGAUUUGUCAAAAUUUGUAGUAUGUCGAGUGCGUCCUUGUUUGUUUGAAGUCAGAUACAAUCGCUCGGUGUUUGUUUUACUGUGGCGUGGGUUACCACUGCAGAUUGAAGAUCGCGUGUGGAUGCAAAAAAAAGAAAACAGUUACGUUGGUUUCCUAGAAGUUUGCACAAAGGCAGGUGUGUCUUGGUUACGGUGACGUCAACGUUUUCGCGUUCGCGUCGCCUCAAGCUGACAAAACAUAAUGGACCUCCAGAGCUGGGAGAAGGUCCUUCUUCAGUGGAUCCACACCUUCGGAUUCACGAAGUCAAACUAUAUCACACUAGAGCAGACCGACAUCGAUUCGUUCUUCGCUUAUUAUGUGCAGAAGGCCCAGGUGGAGCCUGUGCCAGUGGUGGAGGUUGCGCUGCAGGCUCAGCCAACACAACACCUAUCGCCCAAUGAAGCCUCUCCAAGGCAGAGCACGGCCUUGCAGGCUUUUCUUGGAGAAAUGUAUCCCGAGUUCAAUGGAAACUUGGAUGGCCGAGGGCAACUGGUCGGGUCAGACUACCUUUACAUAUACUCACUGCUCCUGCACUACAAGUGUGUGAAGCAGCCCAGCGCCUCCUUCCACAGCAUCUGCAAGAAGCUCCCAGUUCUAGCGCAGUCCUGCAUCUGUGAAUUCUUUCAGCAGACGAUGAAUAUACACCUGACGCGUGAGAAUCUCAGUCAGGCUAUCGCCAACGUGAGCAGCAUGUUCCUGGCCCCGGGCGCUGCAGAGAUCAAGCCAUUUCGAGCCACCAGCUCGCACAGUCUGGACAGCGAUGGCAGUGGUCACAGCAGCAGCCUCGGCGAAGAUGCUUCGGAUCUGCCCAUUGACUUCCUCGGGCCUAUCUCUUCUCCGUCGCCAAGGACAAUGCCGCCACCUGCGACGCCCAAGACAGAGCUGCUGGAACAACGAACCAGAGAGGUGAGGGGACUUCAGGCGCAACUAGAGGCGGAGCGAUACGAAAAGAAUGUCCUAGAGGAGCAGAUCUUGGAGAACGAACAUCUCAUUAAAUCCCUGAGAAAAGAAAACAAGAUGAAAAAAUUGCAACUGGCUAAACUAAAGGAUAGCAGCGAGAAUGAGGAUGAAGAUUCGAUUCGAAAAUACGUUCCAAAUGAGUUCGAUCACUUGAAAUGCAGCCUGAUGAAGGAGAUCAGCCAGAAGGAGGCCCUUAUAACGGAGACCCGUGAUAAGCUGCAGGAUUUGCGCAUUGAAAACGCGGAGCUGCGUAGCAAGGUAAAAUCUUCGACGGAACAGCUGGUGGUGUGCAUGGACCGCAUCAGGGAUCUUGAGGUUCGCCAGGAAGAGAUCGCCCAAACACUCGCAACAAAAACAGAGCAAGUUGACUGCCUGGAACGUGACAAGCAGGAGCUGGAGCAGUGCUUGCAAGUCACCCGCGAUGAGCUGCACAAUCGGCGCGAAGUGCUCAACUCUUCCUCAGAUCUGCUAGAUUUGCCCAUGUCGCCGAACACUACGCCCGAGAAUCUGGCCGACUCAGUGAUUGACAAGCAGCUGCGGGAGAAGGAGCACGAGAACCUCCAGCUGAGAGAAGAGCUCCAGGAACUGAGCAAGUCCCUGGUGGCCAUCCUAGAGGAACACGGCUUGGCAGUGACAGACAACUCUUCACAGCUGUCGUCCAGUAUUGGCGUUGUCAAGGAGGAGUUGACCAAGUCAGUACGCCUUAUUGAGCUGCGCGACAGCCAGCUACUAGAGCAGAGCCAGCUGCGCGAUCUAGCCCUGGCACAAUGUGAGAAGCUAGUUGAAGAGGGCCGUGAGCAUGCCAAGGAACUGGAUGAGAUUAAGGCGCAGUACGAGCAGCUGCGCGAUCAAGCCCUGGCACAAUGUGCAAAGCAAGUUGAAGAGGGCCGUGUGCAUGCCAAGGAACUGGAGGAGACCAAGGCGGAGUACGAGCAAAAGUUAGCUAGUCAACUGUCUAGCCUGAAAGCCUUGGAGUGGGAAAACGAUGAGGCCCGGUUAGCCCUUAAGCAGGCAACUUAUGAGUCUGCCCAAGCGGACGAGCACCUCCGCCAGAUUAAGGUGCAGUUGGCCGAAAAAGAGGAGCAGAUGACCCAACUGGGCAACGAAAUCUCGGAGCUGCGCGAAAAGAACAAAACUCUUGAGAGCCGCACCGACUCCCUGAUCAACGAACGAAACAGCGGAGUCCUGCAGCUACAUCAGGAGCAGCGUCGCCAGAAAUAUGUGCGUAACAAGUACGCGCAGUGUCGGGACCAGCUGUUGGCCCAGAGCUCAGACAUGGAUCUGUUGUCCAGAAACCUGGAUGCUUCCGACAGGAAAGACAUGCUUCGGAGGGUAGACGAACUGAUUGCCGCCAAAGAAGAGCUGCGGCAGCAGCACGAGGCCCUAAAGUUGGAGCAUAAGAAGACCGAACAGGAAGCUCUGGAGCUGAAGGAUCGCCUGCAGCUUGGCGUGGAGCUGCAGCAGUGUGUGCAGCAGAGCCACGAGCAGCAGCAGGCAGACCUUCAGCAGCAACUACAGGUGGCGAACGAGCGAAUAGAAGCAAUGCGGCAGCGAAAUCUGCAAUUUGUUGAGCAAAUCCAGACCGAUCUCAACAGCCAGCUGCAUAGCUCCCAACAGGAGGUGGAGAGCUUCCUGUCCCGAAUCACUGCGCUCGUGAAUGGCGGCCAAGUCGUUGUUAAAUCGGAGGAGAAUGGUUGUCAAUUGUCCAAAUUCCAGCAGUUCGAAUCUAUGCUUGUUUCGUCUCUUCAUCAGCGAUCUCUGGAGGUGCAAGCCCUACAGACAAAGGCGGAUCAAUUGCUUGAAAAACUGGACACGGUUCAACGUCAAAACGAUUCAAUGCUAGAGGCGGAGAGCCAACUAAAGGUUUCAAGGAUUAAUCAACUUAAGCUCAUGGCAUCUCUGGAAGCCAGUGCUGCAAAGUUACGUGUCACUCUGAACCACAAGGAUGGCGAGAUUGCAGCUAAGAACCAGCAGGUGGCCGAACUGCAAGGACAACUGGCCAGCGAUCAAGCCAGCAGCCUUCUGCUCAAGCAACUCAAUGACACCAUCCACAAUCUAGAGCAAGUCAACGAAAAGCUGAUCGAUGACAACGCCAAGCUGGAGAGCCUGCACAUGGAGAUAAGUUCUUCCCUGUUGACAGCCAACGGCGAGGUUGAGCGUCUGACGAACGAACUGUCCAAGUGCCAGACUAGUCUGACCGAGAUGACUGCAGCGGACAAGCUAAAAGCCACUCAGUUGUCCGAGAGCGAGAAGGAGCUGCUUAAAUUACAAGAUCAACUAAACGAAAUAAGCUCGAAAUAUUCCGAUUUGGAGCAGCACGUAGACCACCUUAGGACUCUGAAGUCAGACUGUGAGAAGCGCUGCCAAGAACUCGUGGAGAAGUUAGCGGAGAAAGAGUCCCAAUUCUCGCAAUUAGGCAUGCAACAUGAAACACAGCUCGAUGGGCUCAAAGCAAAGCUCAAGGACGCCCAGUUUAAUAUCGAACAGCAGCGCCAGGCGAUCCUGACCGAUAGAGAGGAAAUCUACAAGUACAGGGCCCAGCUGGCGGAUCUCGUCAAAGCUCGGGACCAGUCCCAAGAAGAGAUGACAAAGCUGCGCGGUUUAUUAUCCGAAGAGGAAAAGGAAAAGCAAGAGCAUCUGAAAACAAUAAAAAAUCUGCUUGGCAAUGAGCAACAACUCACUCAGAAGAUAGAUAAAUUGAUGGGCGAACACUCCGAAGAGCUGCACCGUCUGCAAGCUAUGCUCAUGGAAAAGCAAGCGGUCAUGGCUCAGCUAAAAACCCAGUUGUCCAGCGCCACAGAACUGGCACAGGCGAGGGCCAAGCAAUUGACACAGGCUGAGCUGGCGCAGGUCGAACUAGCGGCUAGUUUACAGAGCGAGAAGGCGAUGGCGGAACAGCUGCGUGUUGAAGAAGAGGAAAAGAGUUCGGCUGCUUACGAGCGCAUUGGAAAGCUGGAGAAGUUGCGAGACAUCCAGGAACACAAGGCUCGGCAGCUAAGCGACCAGCUAGCGGAAGCCGAUCAGAUGAAGGUGAGCCUGAACCUGGAGAUCGGAGCCCUGAAUUCUGAUAUUGAGCAGCGCAAGCGUCAGAUGGCAGAGCAGGCUAGCCAACUGUCUGCCAAGCAGAACGAGAUUGCCGAGUUGGAAUCCAGACUAAAGUCUGAGGUCGAUCAACACAAGCUGGUUAAGGUGGAACUAGAACAAAUCACAGUAAAACUAGCCGAAGUCCAGCAGGAGCUUAAUAGCACACGGUUAGUCCAAGACACGCAGCACUUCGAGCUAGAUGAGAAGACGCGCGAGAUGGAAAUGGAGCGCGCCGAUUCCGCAGAACGAGUCCGCUUCUACCAGCGACGUAUCGAUUCACUCGAAGGGCAGUUGGCCGAGGUACAGGCCGCCAGCCAAACGCAGGAACAGGCUCAGGGCCCAACUGAUCUGUGCACAACCUAUAGCAAGGCAGAUUGCCCCGCUGCCGCAUCGGACGAUGAGCUUGUUCAGCUGCGCCAGGAGAUGGCCAGAAGCAAGCUAGACUGCCAGAUUCUUCAGGCCAAGUAUCGCGAGACCAAGGAAGAGAUCCAGCGCUGCGAGCAAAAGAUCAAGGAUCAGCGUCUGGAAAUGGAGGGCAAGCUGGACAAGAUGAAAACGAAGAUGCGCUCCUUGUACACCGCGGAGGUGACUCGCAUGAAGGAGAAGCAGGAGCGGGAUGCGGCUAGCAACAAGGCGGAGCUCGAAGCCCUGACGGCGCAGAAUGUCAAAUACGAAGAGCACACGCGCAAGCUGUCCAACCAGAUUGUCCGGCUCAACGAUAAGAUCCUAGAGCAGCAGAAACAGCAUGCCAUUAUAAGCACAAAGCUACGCCACCUUCAGAUGCAGCCUCCAGUCAACGCGACCAAGGUCCCUGCGUCCAGCCAUCUGGUUACGGUCAAUGCCAGCUCAUCGGCUGGCAAUGACGACUGGCAGCCAUUUAAGAGACCCAAUGCCCCGUCCUCCAAUCUGACAAUGGAGGAUGAAGAGGGCGAAGUAUUCAACAAUACCUACCUCACGGACCUGAAGCUGGGACGGGUUCCGGACAUAACGGCCGAGGAGUUGAACUAUCGAAACUCAUUGCAGCCGCCGCAUUUGAAGAGCACCUAUGCCGCCCAGUACGACCUAAGCAGCCAGGAUGAAGAUCUCAAAGAUGGACCCCACAGUCUCGAUGACAGCAUGUGCGCCCUGCUCAGCUCAACGGGCACUGGGACACGCAAAAAGUCUAUAGGUACCCACUACAAGCGUCCUGGACCGCCCACGCCUAGCAAGAACGGAGGACGGUUGUCCUUUGGCAGCUCGGAGCCACCGCGUGAGGUUCUGCGCGAUUGCAGCGACCACAAUAGUAACUCCAAGACACCGGCGCGCUUUAAAUUCCUCACAACACGGUUCAGCGUCGGCAGCAGCGGCCUGCCCCGGGACGAGCUGCCUCAACGCAAGCGGUCGACUAUAUUGACCAGGUUGCAGCGCCGCAGGCUGCAGCGUCAGACGGCAGAUGCGUUUUGCACGUCGACGCCUCGCAAGAGCCGCUCCUACUAUGAUCGGCAGCGUCUGAUCGGUACGGUUUUUUCGGACGAAGAGCAGAUUGAAGUAGUGGACAACAGUGGAGAGCAGACAACUCCACAUCUGUCCAAUGGAGCGCUGCUAGCCCUGACCCAAGGGAAUACCCGAAGGAUCACCGUCACACCCACCACCAAACGCCAAGCUCGCCUUCCGCUUUACCUGCAUGGCAACGGUACGCCAAAGUUAGGCAUUUCUGGCGAGCGGAUGCGUCAGCGGCGGAAAAUGAAUCGGGAGCGGAUGGCCCGCUUCGAUCAGGACCGACCCCUCGACCAGGUUCGCCUAUCCGAUCGCAUUUCCUGUUCGGGGAGGCCUUCCCAAAUUCUGAUGGGAAAUACGGUGGUGCUGGACGAUGGAAGAGGAAGGAGAUCCGUUGUAGGCGUUACUUUUAAGGUGGACGAUUCCUUGCAGCUGGAGGUACAGCAGUUCGAGGCUGACAACAUGUCCAAGUGGACCCCGGGCAAUGAGAGCAGUGAGGUGGGAGACUGUCGUUUCGAAGAGCUGUGCAAGCGGAAGGCGUCCGCGGCCCCUUUUCAUGUGCAGCCUACCGUCGGGGUGGCGGAUUUGCAGGCAGUCGAGUGUUCGACCCUCUUCCGGACUUUUGCUUGCCAGGAGUGGCAGCGAGUGAUCCUGGUAGUGUCAGGACUCUCGGUCGUUGUGGCGCUGUUUUCGCUGCUGGUGCGGGCUUGGGUAUAGGAAAACCAAAGCAGUGUAAAUCUCUCAAUAUUCCUUCUGAAGCCAUUUGUUCCUUAUAUUUUUGUCGGCUAUUUAAUUUCAGAACUCGCCACCUAAGCGACGCCUCAGCAACAUGUUCAAGCGCAAGGAGCGCUAAUAAUGUAUAUAAAUGUAAAGCAAC